AUGAACUGGCACAAUGAUGGGGACAAGGAAGAGGAUCCUGGUGAGGGGUGUAGCUGGGACUGGGGCACACGGAGGCAAGCAGGGGAUGGGGAACGCCGUCGCUCGCCUGGAGGAGGGCUCCGGCUCGGAAGUGGGAAGCAGCCCCAGCCGCCGGCUUCCUCUGAGGCCCGUCUACUGCACCGUCUACUGCGUGGAGAGCGACCGGCGGCCCAGCGCCCCACCAGUGUCUCCGCGCCCAGGAGGGGACCCUGGCCCCGGCGUCUCGCCGCCGCCUUCCCUGCCAGGAGGAGGAGGGAAAAGGCAGCGGGGGACGGCAGCCUGGAGGUGGACUUGUACCUGCUGCCCGAGCCGUUCUCCGGGCUCAUCUCCGGGGACUUCGGGCCCUUGCUGGUGCUGACUUGCCGCGUGUGUCUGGAGGAGAAGCCCCUCAAGCCCUUGCCCUGCUGCAAGAAGCCCGUCUGCGAGGAGUGCCUCAAGUUCUAUCUCAGCUCGCAAGUGCAGGUGGGGCAAGCAGACAUCCAAUGUCCCAUAACGGAGUGUAGUGAACACCUGGAUGAAACAACUGUCCUCUACAACUUGCCACACGAUGACAUCAUCAAAUACAAGUACUUCCUGGAACUUGGCCGUAUUGGCUCGAGCACCAAGCCAUGCCCUCAAUGCAAGCACUUUACAACCUUCCGGAGGAGAGGCCACAUUCCAACCCCUCCCAAAAUGGAGAACAAGUACAAAAUACAGUGCCCAACCUGCCAAUUGGUGUGGUGUUUUAAGUGCCACUCUCCCUGGCACGAAGGUGUCAACUGCAAAGAGUAUAAAAAGGGAGACAAGCUGUUACGUCACUGGGCCAAUGAAAUUGAACAUGGGCAAAGAAAUGCUCAGAAGUGUCCAAAGUGCAAGAUCCAUAUCCAGAGAACAGAAGGGUGUGACCAUAUGACUUGCUCACAGUGCAACACUAAUUUCUGUUACCGCUGCGGGGAGAGAUACCGCCAGCUCCGUUUCUUUGGAGAUCAUACAUCAAACCUCAGUAUAUUUGGAUGCAAAUACCGCUACCUCCCCGAGCGACCACAUUUAAGGAGAUUAGUGAGAGGCUCUGUCUGUGGUGGGAAGUUGCUUAUUGCACCACUGAUACUGGUUUUGGGACUGGUAAUAGGAGCCAUAGCUGUUAUCAUAGGUUUAUUUGUGUUCCCUAUCUAUUGCCUUUGUAAAAAGAAGAGGAAAAGGCCACGAACAGAAAUGCCCUGGUAUGAGUGAGCCAUUAUAUAUCUGAAUGGAGCCAGUCCUGCAAGAAUUGUGGAAAAUAUGUGCAGCAUGCUGUGCUAGUUAACUAUCCUGGCUGAGAAUUCAGGGGCAACUGCCAUAUCUUCUCUGCACUGUACACUACUAAAGACAGGCCAGAUUACUUCCCUGCUCUGCUACUUCAGACAAAAUGGAGGCCUCUCAAUUUUUAAAGGUUUUUUUUUUAACCCCCCUCCCAAAAAAUCAAGUUUACUUUGUUAGAUAGCCUACAUCUGCAUUGUAGCUACACAUCUACUGAUUGGCCCACAAAAAGAGUAUUUAAUUUGGCAACCUCUUCCCCACCCCAAGUUACUGGCGUAACUCUCAGGUGGCCUUCCAGAUGGAGUUUUCAGUGGACUUGUUUGUUUCAGAGGCUGGCUUCAUACAUAGAAGUGGUUAUUCUGUCUAACAUCAUUGGCAUAAUGACAGGUGCUGAAUUCAGUAGCUCCUUGUUUUGUAUGUGCAACUUUGCCCUAAAUACUGAAUCAUGUGUGCUAAUAGCUACUGUAGACAAAUUCCCGGAACCUUAUAGGGAAUUUGGUGGGGAAUGAUUGGAACAGUAUCUAUUCCAAUUAAAGUGACAGAGAGAUUUGUCUUGGUUGUUUGGGAGAGCAUUGUGUCAUUUUCAGUGUUUUUGACCUGUGCAAGCUGUUUAGCAAGACUUAAAAUGUUCACACCAUUAACUUCCACUGAAGUAAGUUAGGUGUAAAAGCCUGCCUUUUAUGGUUGUUUCUGGAGUCUGACUAAAUACAUUGUGGCACAUAUACACACUACAGACCAGAAGAAGCAUGUUCAUAUCUGAAUAUGCAAUAGCAACUAAGAAUGUGGCCAAAACCAAGACAAAUGCAACUAUUGGAGAAUAUUUCAGAACGUUUAGCACUAUCUAGCUGGGGAAAUAGCAAUUUGUUCUGAACAGUCCAGCAGUAUACUGUUUUUCUAGCCUGCACCAAUACAUGCCCAAAGUGAGUAGGCAUUUCUAGGUUUUUCCUAAGAAGAUACAUUCAGGACAGCUUCAUAUCACAACGUCACUUAAGACACAGGAUCUGUUAGUGUCCUUCUUACCGUUAGGCUCAGCUCUGGAGCAGUGCACAUCAUGUAAAUUAUAUGAGUGUCCUGGUUUGCCUGAUUUCCAUAGUUCUUCCCCAAAGGUUUGGGAGUAUUAUCAAUAUUAGGUGAAUCACACACAAAUUUGUAGGUAUAUUAAUCUAACCCACACAUUAAAUCAUUUGUGUGGAGUUCAACAUGUGUAUUUCCCAAGGUCCAGGCCUUCUUGCCUACUAAGAGAAUUUAUGAAUUGUCCCAUUUGUAUUGCACAUUAGCAGUUAAAUUAAAAUGUCACCUGUGGAGUGUUAUGCGUUUUAAACAAUGAAUAAAUUCAGUAAAAACUAGUGCUAUUUUUUGAGUUCAGGUACCUGGCAGUCUUAUUUAUGCAUUGUUCUUUUUUUUUAACUUGAUACUUUUUGUUGAACUCAACAUGUGAGGGACAUGCAGCCCAUUGAUUUUAAAGUUAAGAAUAAGGAUAAUUAAGGAAGGGCUUAAAGAAAUUAUACUGUCCUGUUACGUUAACAAAAGAGAAUUUCAGAGAAAGGAAAACCAUGCAAACAAUCCAUUAUAUAAUGAUGGAUUGUAUCAUAAGGUGCCUUUCUAAGGGCCUUUGAUCCAGCAAAGGUUCCCAUUAACAGGAGGGAGAGAGUGAAUUUUGCUUUUACCUUCCUGCCUCUGCAGUCCCUCUCACUAUCUGCCAUGCUGUUCUGGAGGCUACUUAUAGAAUCCUAGGAUCCAACCUAGACACAAUAUUAUUAUCCGCUGAAGUUUCUUGUUAUCUUCAAGGUUCUGUUACUCAACAGAGUAGUGAAGUAUUUGAAAGUCCUAUGUUCUGUUGUAAGGGCAAGUAGACUCCACAAAUAUAUAAAAAGGCAACAUACAGUUAUUUGGAAUACAUUGUACAUUAAAAUAUUACAGCACUUCAUUGCUGUAGGAGUUUGGUGACAGUACAAAAUGCAUCACAAUGAAUAUGUAUUAAUUGCUGGACCAUAAAGCCUCCUCUAGAAUUGAUAGUUUAUGCUGUUUAUCUGGCAAUAUGUCUGCCUUAUGUUUCAUUUUCAUGUGGUAGCAUCAGUCAUCUUGCAAAUGAAGGUCUUUAACAAUACCCAAAUUUACCACCUUUUCAUCCACUAAAAUUAGAUUGAUUUUAGUGGAUUAUGAAACCUGGCUUACUAGAGAAAUGAAUUAGAAUGCAAACAUUUCAAAGAGAAAUUAUUUUUGGUAAAUGAAUAUACACUAUGCUGUUUCAAAUAUUUUGAGCUUGCUUAAUGUUUCUCCUUUUUUGUGUUGUCUCAAAGUUGACUGCUGCCUUAAACUUUUUUAAAGAUUGUAUAUGUUUACCUAGCCCCAAAUUGCAUUUUCUCAGGCCAAACUUGUGUAUUUUCUUUGGUUUACUCAGGGAUUUUAGUCCUUCAUUAAAAUGUCAAAUACUCUUAUGAAAAAAGCUUUUCUAAUAUUUAGAAAACAUUCAGACAUAAUUAUAUAAUGAGAUUUGGUGUUUGUAGUACAGGAUGCAUUAAAGCAAUCUUGAGGCCUCAUAUAAUUCAUGUACUACUUGAGCUUUCUUCUAUGUUUGAUUUUUGCUCUCUACACAUUUGAAAUAUAGCCCUUACAUGAUCCAGGAAUUUUCACGUGCAGCAGCAAGUUCUGUGCAAGAAUCUUUCUGCUUACGACCGUUGGCUCUAGAGACAGGAAGUGAUCUCAAGUCUUGACAGAGAUGGUCACUUGCUAGGAAAUGACUGAUCUCUCUCACAUACAUACACACACAUGAUCAGCAGGGGAUUUGAACCAUCAUGGCCAACUAUUAUUUCAGUAGCUUGUGAAGGAUACAGGAAUGUCACAUGGUAUUUCUGGGUGGCUGAAGAUUUUCUUGUCUAAACAAUACUUUUGUGUCCACAUGGGACCACAUUCUGUAAGUGGGUGUAAUCCCAUAUGUGUUGCUCCAUUGACAGAAGGCACCCUUCAGCAGAAUGGGGAGGGAGGCACACUUAAGACAACUUUGGCUGAUAUCUCUUGUCUUGAAAUGGUUUAUAAUACUAGGAUAAGUGAAAGUGAAAGGCAUGUGUUUAUGUUAUCUAUAUAAGGGUAAUUCAAAGUUAUUUAUAGAAGCAACUCUUUCCCACAAAGAUACAAAAAUAGCUUCACUGACACAAAGGCAUGACAUUUUAAUACUUAGAUGAAAUGUGUAUCAAUAAAACCCUAUGGUUAUGCAGAUUUAGUUCACUGAGUAUUUGAGUGUAACCUCAAGAUGUAGAUUUUAUAUUCAGUUUUAUAUUAACUUGCCUUUUCCAAAAAUGGAGCAUUAGCAGUUAUCAUACAAGAAAGGAAGAGGUGCAUUAGAAUACUGGUUUGCCAACCCAUUUGUAAGGCUAUUUUCUUAAAUAAUUAUCCCAAAGGGUUAUUUUUUAAUUUCCUUUAAACAUACUCAUCUAGCAACCAUUGGGAUAACUGCUGAUUAACUAUGUAGUAAAACUUGGGUGAAAUCAUAUUGUUUAAAAAUCUGUUUUGCUGAAGUUUCAGAAAGACUGUUCUGUGGUAAAACUGUUCAAGCCAUUCAUUGAUUUGUUUUAUGCAAUUUGUAUCCUGUCCUGUGAUUAUUAUCUGUUGCUUUUAAAUUGGAGUAACUUUAUCUCCAUUACAAUGAAAUAUGUCCCUAUGCCUCUGACCAUACCUCACUGACAGUAAGGGAAUAUUGCCUAUUUUUUCUCUCUCCAAUGCUUUAAAAGGGGGGGGGGUAUAAUAUAGCUUAUCAGAAUGAAAGAGAAUUGAAAUUGUCUAUUUGGGGGACAGAACCUCCAUUGCUUUUAUUAGUUUAAGAGUAAAUACAAGACUGGAUUAUUUGUUCUAAAGUAGAGCAUCUAUAAAGUAUUUUAUUAUCCUGGAACACUGCAUAUUCCAGUUUCAGAAGGUUGAAUUUUUUCCAAUGUAUUCAGACAUUGCCAAAUAAAGAUAGUUGUAUUUGCAAUGCAAGUAGGUGUAAACUAUAGGUUUCAAUAGAUUGCCAUUUUGGUCUUGACUACUGACAUUCAGCCUGGAUUUAAUUUCAGUAAAUAGGAAGCUGUUCUCUGGUUGUAAGAAAUUCAUGCAAUGCUUUUGGAAAUGGGCACAGGAAAAAUGCUUAGAUAUUGAUUCUUCUCAUUAUUAGCGCAAUUUUUCUAAAUCCAUUCAGGGCAAUUUUUUUAUGCAUUGGCUGCUUUAAUAAUGGGUGGUUGUAAUCACUGUAAGAAUGCUGUUUCUCACUGUGGUAAAAUCUUUGCCAAGACAUGCCAUGAAUUAUAAGAAACAUA